AUGAGCCGGGGGCUCCAGGAGGUGGUACAGCCCCAGACUGGGAGCAUGUUUUCCCGUUCCACAGGUGACCUGGGGCCGAUCUGGUACAACAUAUCUUCCCAGAGAAGAUCUUGGCCACUGUGGAUGACAAUCCUUAUUUUUCUUGGAGUGAUGACAAUCUUGGCAGUAAUUGGUCUCAUUGUCCAUUUUCUGGCAGUUGGAAAGACUUACUAUUACCAAGGUGAUUUUCAUAUUUCUGGAGUCAUAUACAAUGAUAAUUGUGAAAAAGCAGUUUCACAAGUCAGCACAGAUCUGAGAAAAUAUAUUGAGACUAAGAUGUCUGAUGCAUUUCAAAAUUCUGGUGUAUAAGAGUAUAUCAACUCUCAAGUCAUCAAACUUCUUUCUUAUCCCAAUGGUUCAAGUGUACAGUUACAGUUGACAUUCAAGUUUCCUCCAGCAAAAAAGAAUAGCAUGAGGACUAAAAUUAAGGCUAUCUUACAUCUGAUGUUGAAGGACAACAUGGCAUCUUGGAAUGCAGUUCCCACUUCCAUCAAACUUAUAGAAAUCAGCAAGGCUAAUGCUGAAAUGCUUACCAAUAACUGUUGUGGGGGAUGACUGACCAAUAGUAUCACAGCAGGCAACCGAAUUGUGAAUGGGGAAAAUGCCUUGACGGGGGCCUGGCCAUGGCAGGCAAGCAUGCAGUGGAAAGGCCAACACCACUGUGGUGUUUCUCUGAUCAGCAGUAGGUGGCUCCUAUCUGCAGCUCACUGCUUUGCUAAGAAAAAUAAUUCAGAAGAUUGGACUGUCAACUUUGUAACUAUAGUAAAUCAACCAUAUAUGACACCGAAAGUCCAAAACAUUCUUUUUCAUGAAAAUUAUAGCAAAGCUGGGGUUCAUGAUGAUAUUGCCCUUGUGCAGCUUGCUGAAGAAGUCUCUUUUACAAAGUACAUUCAUAGGAUUUGUUUUUCUGAAGCCAAAAUGAAGCUCUCAGAAAAUGACAGUGUUGUAGUUACAGAAUGGGGAACACUUUAUAUAAAUGGUUCUCUUCCAGUGAUACUUCAGCAGGCUUUUUUGAAGAUUACUGAUAACAUAGUUUGCAAUGCUCCACAUGCAUUGUCUGGCUUGGCAACUGAUACAAUGCUGUGUGCUGGAUUUAUGUCAGGAGAAGCUGAUGCCUGUCAGAAUGAUUCUGGUGGACCACUAGCUUAUCCCAACUCUAGGAAUAUCUGGCACCUUGUUGGAAUAGUAAGCUGGGGUGAAGGAUGUGGGAAAAAGAAUAAACCAGGUGUCUAUACUUGAGUGACUGCUUAUCGUGGAUGGAUUACCUCCAAGACUGCACUCUGA